UCAUAGUUUUCUCGCCUUCACAAAUGGUAUUGACCCCGCGCGCGACUCUGGUGCUGCACCUUGUGGAUGGUCGUCUAGCGCCCAGAACUGCAGACUGCAGUCACUCCUCGCUGUUCCUCUGGUAGGGAGGUCGGUGCUGAUUUCAGCCUCAUCAAGCACGUCGCCAAGUAGAAUCAUGGCGGGCCGGCUUGCUUCGGUGCCGGAGGGUACCACCGACGUCUCGGCUGCUCCCUACCCAGCGAGCAACCCCUACCGCGACUCGAUCCGGGGCGUCGCUCAUCCCCGAGGUCAGUACAUCAGAUCGAAUCUGUUCACCCACUCCGGUCAUACUGAUAGCGGGUCCAGCUUCUCUGGUGCUUCCAGUUAUUACCCGUCCAACGACUCCGGCUCAUCCUCGGGUUGGGCGUCGGCUGCCGCCGCUGCGGACGAUAACUCCCAAAUAAGCUGUUGCAGUGGCACAGUUUGGUAAAGCAAGUGUUUCUGCAAUGCUCGUCUUCGUCAGCGCCAUCGUCACUGUUCCCAAGACAAACAAGCUUCGGGCUGUGGUAGACAUGUUCAUCUGUGUCUCGAGUGUAUCAUACUACAUGUUUACCACACUCGUGAUCUCUCCCGAAGCGAAAAGCAUUUUCAGCGAGAUAGGCGGUUCGUUGGAGGGGGAAGGAAACAGGUUACUCAAGGCCUUAUGCAGCAUGAUGGAGGAGGUCAGAACAUUCAUCGUGGACGACGACUCGUGGGCUGUCGAGAUUCUGCAAGGAAGAGGCGAGGUUCACAGGAACACUCGGUUGAUGGUGGAUUGCAUCAUGUCCAUGAAAAUGACACGCACCUCGGCACGGAGACACAGCAGUGCAAACCUUCGUGGCCUGGUAGAUAACUCCGUUGAUUAUCUGAAGGAUGUGCUCCUGAGAAAAUCUGAGCUAUGCCCGGAUCUAAGCAUGAGGUACCUGUUCUUGCUCAACAAUUCCUAUUUCAUAGUGCAGGUGUCUGAGGCAUCGGACAUGGUCAACCGCCAAAUAAGAGGCUGGACUUACCUUUCGUUGUUGUAUGCACAUAUUUCUUUCGUUCUGAAGCUACAAGCUACACUAACCAUCCAUGCUGCAGACACGGCACCAGCCUACAAGAACGAGCAGUUACUAGCAUUACAACAUCAAAGAGCUACCAGUUUGACAUGUACAUGUUUCUGCUCAACAAUUCCUAUUUCACAGAGCAGGUCUCUGAGCUAUGGCGACACCACCAGAGACUUAAACUUACACCUGAAUGUAAGAAAGCAUAUGGAUAGUUAUCUUGAUGCUUCUUGGGGGCAUGUGCUGUCAUGCAUAUCGAAAUCAAAGUUUCCUGAACCGCUCUAUCGCUGGAUUAACACCUCUUCACUAGCUAAAUUCGAGUCAGCGUUUCAUCAAACCUACCAGGCUCGAAAGUUAUGGAAGGUUCCAGACUCUCGGCUACGAGAUGUGCUGCGGAAAGCUAUCACCAAGAGAGUUAUUUCAGGUUACGGCAAGUACCUGAAGGAACAUCCCAGGCUAGAGAAACAUGUUGGCCGCGAAAGCAGCAGUCCGGAAGUUUUGGAGGAGAUGUUGGGAGAGCUAUUUGAAGGGUGGAAUCUACUUGAGGCAUCGAAAAAGUCACCAGCAAAUAAGAGAGUAGGCUGGACUUGUAUUUCAUUGUCUUAUUUGGAAAAUUUUCUUUCGUUUUGA